GUUCGAAAAUGUCUGAUCGGGUGCAGUUGAUAAAUGGAGGAUAUUGUGUAUGUCAAGGUAGUUUUGUUUACGCGAUAUAUUUCACUCGGAAUAAACUCCCCGUGUGUCUAGUGCGCGUUGAGAGGUAGAUGAAGGUGGGUAAUGAUAAUCCGGGAACUUAUAACCGCUUACGAACCUCCUCCGACCAAAAAAAACCCAGAAAAUCCGCAUAACGCCGUCGGCUGUCGUCCCGAGGGUAAACGGAGCCUUGUCUCAAAGAAAUAGGAAUUCCGCUCGGAAAAACGUCCGGAUUUUGGUGGAAGGCUCGUCGCCCCCGUGCGUCGCGGUUAACGAGCGCUCGUUGACCCGGAUAUAUUCACAUGGUUAAUAUACGGAAGAAAACAGGAUUUAGGAUGUCCCGCAAUCACAAAGAUAAGUAUGAGAAUGCUAACCCGCGUCGUACGCACACUAUCAUGUCCACUGAGGAUGCAAACUCUGGGAAGAAAUCUUAUUGGCCGGAGUUGGAGAUAACAGGCAGUAUUAGAAAUCUUAGUCCAAAUGUUUGGCAGUUGACGCACCUGACCGCGCUGUAUCUCAACGACAACAGUCUUCAGAGGAUACCUUCUGAAAUUAGCCGUCUUGCGAAUCUACGAUUGUUAGAUUUAAGCAGCAACAAACUGCGUAGUCUACCUGCUGAGCUUGGGGAUCUCAUCUACCUCAAGGAGUUAUUAUUGAAUCAAAAUUACCUUCGCGUGUUACCUUACGAACUCGGGAAGUUGUUCCAGUUACAAGUGCUUGGUCUUCAUGGAAAUCCGCUGAACAAGGAGGUGUUGGCACUCUACGGGGAACCAUCAGGAACUCACAAGCUGCUGUCUUACAUGCUGGACAACUUACAAGUAACGGCAAACCAUCCACCGCAGAGACCAUGGAUCCCCUUGACGAGGCCCAACAGGACUCGACCGACCUGUAUAUUCACAGUGAUGUGUUACAACGUACUGUGCGACAAAUAUGCAACGAGGCAGAUGUACGGCUACUGCCCAAGCUGGGCCUUGGACUGGGAAUAUCGAAAAAAAGGAAUCCUGGAUGAGAUCCGUCACUACGCAGCGGACAUAAUAAGCUUGCAGGAGGUAGAAACCGAUCAAUUCUACAACUUCUUUCUACCAGAGUUGAAGCACGACGGUUACGAUGGAAUUUUUUCGCCAAAAUCCAGAGCUAAGACCAUGGCGGAAAAUGAUCGGAAAUACGUAGAUGGAUGCGCAAUUUUUUUUCGAACAGCCAAGUUUGUGUUAAUCAAAGAACACCUAGUAGAAUUCAACCAAUUGGCAAUGGCGAACGCCGAGGGUUCUGACAACAUGCUCAACAGAGUUAUGCCAAAGGAUAACAUCGGCUUGGCAGCCCUUCUCAGAACGAAAGAGGCAGCCUGGGAUAACGGCGUACCUUCGGAUCCAGCACAAGUACAGCAGCCGAUAUUGGUCUGCACAGCACACAUUCAUUGGGACCCUGAAUUCUGUGAUGUCAAGCUGAUUCAAACAAUGAUGCUCAGCAAUGAGUUACGAUCCAUACUAGACCAAACCGGGCAAUCAUUUAGACCUGGACAUAAGCCUGAUUCUUCCAACGUUCAAUUACUGCUUUGUGGAGAUUUCAAUUCACUUCCAGAUUCAGGAGUUAUCGAGUUUUUGACAUCCGGACGUGUGCCCGCCGACCACAGAGACUUCAAGGAUCUGGCCUACAAAUCAUGUCUGCAAAAAAUAUCUGGUUGUGACAAACCCAACGAGUUCAUACACUCUUUUAAGCUUGCAUCUGCCUACAGCGAAGACAUCAUGCCUUACACAAACUAUACGUUCGACUUUAAGGGAAUUAUAGAUUACAUUUUUUACUCCAAGCAAAGCAUGGUACCUCUUGGACUCCUUGGUCCGUUGAGUGCAGAUUGGUUUAGGGAGCACAAGGUUGUUGGAUGUCCCCAUCCCCAUGUGCCCUCUGACCACUUCCCGCUGCUAGUGGAGCUAGAAAUGACCCCUACAGUAGGAACAAGCAACGGAUUGAUCUCACGCAGGUAGCAGCUGCUACGAUCUAGGCCCAAGUAACAAUAAUAAAGAAUGAAUAAUAUUAAUAUUAAUAAUAGUAAUAGUAACAAUAAUAAUAAUAAUAAUAAUAAUAAUGCUAAUAAUAAUAAAAUUGAAAUCCUCAUUGCUCCUUCUCUUACAUUCUGGCUCUAGCAAUACAACUCACAGUUGACAACUACUCUAAUUGCAAUAGUAAAAUACAACAAUACAUAUAUACUCCAUAUUGCCGCACAUUCAAAACAAACGUCGACGAAUAUUUUAUAGCGAUCAGGCUAGCGGGGUCAUGUUGUAAUGCGUUUAGUUCUUGUGUAUAGUGGUAUUGCAUUUUUAAUAAGUAACUUCUCCUUAUUAAGGAUAUCGUAAUGUCUAUUAUUAUCAUCAUAAUAUGUAGAUACCUAUUUUCCUACAAAAGAAGCGAAAAAAAAUGAAAAAUGAAAAGACAAAAAAAGAUGAAAAGUGAGAAAAAAAAACACAAAUAAUUCCGAUUAAACCUCUGUGAUAUCGAUACAUGAAUAAAAAGUAAAUGAAAGAAAGAAAAAACCUUGAAAAAAAAAAAAAACAAUUGGAACAAUUUCACAUAUUUAAUUAACGAGUUAGUAGUUACUAGAAGAGACAUGCCAAUAUCUUCCUAAAUAGCAUUACAACAUACUCCAAAAGCUGACCUUAUGAUAUGAAUGCUGCCAUCCACUGAGAGAUAUUGUAUUUUUUAAAAAAUAAAAAUAAAAAUAAAACAAAAGUUGAACAAAAAAUAUGAUAACAUACACGCUGUACCGGGCUGUGCGAAGUGAUUGGAGUUGACUUAAACAAUUUCAGUACAAGUACAAAUCUGUUCUUAUUGGCCACGUAUAUUGAUAAUUGAUAAUGUUAUCAUGUAAGAAUGUAGGUAAUAUAAUAGUAUCAAGUGUAAUUUAUAAGUAAUCAUAUAUUGUAAUAAUGUUUUCACAUACCACGGGUAUCUACGUAUCGUCGUGAUUCUGAAGUUUCCGUUGAUAUCCAUUUCACCAGCAAUCAUUGGGUUCCAUUAAUUAUUAUAUAGCAUGCCGUUCUAAAAGCUUCACGUUGUUCAUUCAGUCAUAUCCGAAUGUACCAAGAGAAGCAAACACACAGUAGUAUUUUAAUUCGUGGAUUUGUUUUCAGAAAUU